AUGAACACUAGUUUAUUCAUUUUUAUAAUUAUUUUCACAGUUAUCCAGGUGAUUUUAGAAUGUUUUCUCAAUCUGAAAUAAAGUUACCUUUCUUUUUUCUGCUGUUUCAGAAAACGUGUCAAACGCGAGUAAAAAGAUAUUCAAUAGAAGGUGAGUCGACUUGAAUAACAAAAAUAGAAAAAGGACAAAAAUAAACCUAUGUCCAUUUAUUUUAAUGAGCAUAGUAAUCAAAAUAAAUUGAACCAAUUUUGUAGGUUCAUUUUGGGGCAGCCGUGUCAUAACGUACAAAUUGAAGAGACCUAGUAAAACGAUGAGUCUUAGCCAACAACUUUCGGUAUUCGACAAAGCAUUUGCGGUUGAGUUUAUAUUUGUUCAGAGAAAUGUUGAGAAUUGGAGAUUUAGAGAAACAAAAAAGCAAAAUAAUAAAAUUAUUGUAAACAGAAGAGAUGAUUCAUACAGCUUGAUUUGAUUGAGAAAUUUGAUAUACUCGAGAUUUUCAUCAAUAUCACCGAAAUACACUUCAAAAAAACUUGGCUACGGAUAUUUUCAAAAAUAGCUGUUAGAAAUUGAAAUAUACAUACAUAAAUUUUGAAAUCAGAUACUAUUCAAAUUAUUCUAUUGUGUUUUGCUCCAACACAUUUCAUUUUCAGACAUGGCAAGAACAUACACAUCUAAAAUUUGUGAGGGAGUUGAAUGCUUCAAAAUCAGCAAAUAUUGAUAUUGUUUUUGCUUCCGGGAAUCAUCAUGAUGAUGAACCAUUUGAUGGAAAAGGUUAGUUAUCAGAUCUUGAGACAGGAGAGUUAUUGAAAAUAGUCCGCUACUGGAGGUCUUGAAGAAUUUUUAAACUUCUCUUCUCAAAGUUUCUAUUUCCCUAAUUCAAUCAACAAUCAAUUAUUUCAGGAAACAUUUUGGCUCACGCAUUUUUUCCUAGAUACGGCGGAGAUGUUCAUUUUGACGAAGACGAACACUGGAGUUGGAACAAGUCAAUGGGUUUAGAUCUUUACGCAGUUGCAGUUCACGAAAUCGGUCAUGCUUUAGGUUUGAAACAUAGUGUGAAUAGAUUAUCAAUUAUGGCACCAUUUUACAAGCAAUAUGUUGGAAAUUAUUUGCAUUUACAUCAAGGUUCGUGGGAAAAAGAGAAUAUAAAAUUUGUAUUCAAAAUAGCCCUUCUGAGAAAGCACAACAUUGAUAAUUCUUUACGCAAAUAUUCGUCACUUGUUUCUAUUUUUGAAGUAGGAGUUUCGAAAUUCAUUGAAUUUGUAAGCUACUGUGACACAUUUCAAAGUUAAAAGACUUCUAAUCUUAUAUCUAAACAUUUUUUCAAAAAAAAUAAAAUUUAAAAUAUUGUUUUUUCUUGAAAGUUGAAAUACUGGAACAAAAAACAUUCCAAUAGAUUUAUGAUAUUGAUUCUGAAAAUGUUUUUGUGAAAAUGCAGCUAUUGAUUUUUGAUUAAUGAGAACUGGAAAUAGCAUUUCAUUAUUACAGACUUCUCCUAUUCAAAUAUUUCCAGAUGAUAUUCUUGCAAUCAAGCGACUUUAUAACAAUCACCCUCAACUAACAACAGACACACCAAAUGAAAAAACAAAUCAAAAUUUGUGCCAAAAUCCAUAUCUUGAUGCUAUAACAAAACUCAAAAACGGAACAAUUAUCGGGUUUCGAGGCUAUUAUUUUUACGAGUUGGAAAUGUUUCAAAAUCCUUCAAAACCAAUGCGAAUUCUUGAUUAUUUUCCAUUCAAUGGUCCGAUUGAUGCAGCAACUACUGAUAAAAAUGGAAAUCUUUAUAUUUUUCGAAAAGAUUUGUAUUGGAUUGUUUCAAAGUUUGGACAUGUGGUUGCUCAUUAUCCCAAGAAAAUUGGAAUCGGUUUGUCAGAUAUGCCAGAAGGAAUAUCAGCUGCUCUACAUUAUCAUGAAGAUAUGAAACCAUAUUUUUUUAGAAGUAAGUAAUUUUUCCUGUUUUUUUUUCAAAUUCAAAAAAAAUUUAUUUUGCAGAAAACAUGUAUUGGCAAUAUUCUCGUCAUGGUAUGCGAAAAUCCUGGCCACGUGGAAUAUUAUCGAUAUUUGAUUACAAACAAAAUUUUCCGAAUGAAAUUGAUGCGGCAUUUCAAUUGGAUACAAAUACCUCUUACAUUUUCAGCAAAGAUAAAUAUUGGAGAAUAUCGGGUCUUCCAAUGAAAGCUCAUUCAGCUCGAUCCAUUUCAAAAGACUGGUUUAAUUGUGUUUGA